AUGGCUUCUAUGGAUGAUAGUAGUUCAAUUGGUGGUUCAUUGGGUGGGGAAAUAUUCGAUGUUCUUGAUGAAGACAAAAUUUUGGAUUCGAAUUCAAAUCCAGAUAUUGAAAUACAAGUUGCUUCCAAGAAGAAGAAGAAGCCUGAUGAAACAUCACUAUAUAUGGUUAACAAAACUGAGAAAUCCUGCUUUUGGGCUGUAGUAACGAGUGGUGCCUUUCUAUCUUUUAUAUGUUCAAGCAUAGCAAUGAUUAUCGGUUCACUGAUAGUUGUUUAUACUAUGUACAAAACGCCAGUUGCCAAGUGUGAUAUGAACUUCGCUUUGGUAAAUCCUAUACAAGUCGAAUACAAUUAUCGUCCACAAUCUGUUGCCGUUGGUGAUUUCAACAAUGAUACUUCGAUGGAUAUUGUUGUUGCAAAUCGUGCAACGAAUAAUAUAGCUGUGUUUCUUGGACAUGGUAAUGCUGGUUUAUCAUCAAAAUCGGUCACUUAUUCUACUGGUACUAAUUCUACUCCGUGUAUGGUAACUGUUGGCGAUUUCAACAAUGAUGGUCGACCUGAUAUUGCUGUUGCAAAUUAUGGUGUUAAUAAUGUUGGGAUAUUUCUCGGACUUGGAAACGGAGUCUUUGGAAGUCAAAGUACACUUUCAACUGGUUCAUCACGUCCUCUUUCGAUUUAUGUAGCUGAUCUGAAUAAUGAUAAAGCACAAGAUAUCAUCGUAGUCAACUAUGGUACCCAGAGUAUCAGCAUAUUUUAUGGAUCUGGAACUGGUAAAUUUUCGAAUGCGAUGACAUUUUUUACAGGAUAUGAUUCUAUUCCCAUGGGGAUUGUUGUUGGAGAUUUCAACAAUGAUAAACAAAUGGAUAUCGCUAUUGCCAAUUCAGGCACAAAUAACGUUGGUAUAUUACUCGGAAAUGGCAACAGUAGUUUUUCAACUCAGACUAUCUUUUCGACUGGUUAUGGUUCACAUCCAUACUCGAUUGCCACUUAUGAUUUUAAUGGUGACAACUUCUUAGACAUUGUCGUAGCAAAUCAUGGUAGUAAUAGUGUCGGUGUACUUUUGGGAUAUGGCAACGGAUCUUUUGCACAUUCAACGAUCUAUUCAGUCGGUAAUUCUACUCCGAUUUCUGUUGUCAUUGGUGACAUGAAUAAUGACAAUCAUAUGGAUUUAGUGGUUACAAAUAAUGGGACUAAUGAUAUUACAGUUUUUAUUGGAUAUACUAAUGGUAGUUUUGCAAGUCCAGCAAUGUAUUCAACUGGCUCUUUAUCUUCAGUUUCAGUUGCCAUAACUGAUUUUAACAAUGAUGGUAUACUAGAUGUUGUUGUCAUUCACAAUGAAACUAACACCAUCGGUAUUCUUCUUGGGUAUAGCAAAGGAUUUCUAAACCAAAUACAAUAUUCAGCUGGAACUAAUCCAGAUACUAUAGCUGUUGGCUAUUUCAAUAAUGAUACUUAUCUAGAUAUGGUCGUUGGUAAUUAUGGUAGUAACGAUGUAAGUGUUCGAUUGGGAUAUGGUAAUGGGUCGUUUGGAAAUGAAACAAGAUUUCCGACUGGUUCUGGACCACUAGCAUUAGUUGUUGGUGAUUUUAACAAUGAUGCACAACUAGAUAUCAUUGUAGCUAAUUAUUUAGAAAACACUAUAAGUAUACUUUUGGGAUAUGGGAAUGGUUCCUUUGCAAAUCAAACAAAAUAUGCAACUGGUAGUGGCCCAUCUUCUUUAGCUAUUGGUGAUUUUAAUAAAGACACUCAUUUAGAUAUUGUUGUCGCUAAUUCUGGUUCCUUCGCUAACACCAUAAGUGUACUUCUCGGAAAUGGGGAUGGUACUUUCGCCGUUGCAAUGAUGUAUGCAACAGGUUUUGGUCCAUGGGCUUUAGAUGUGGGUGAUUUCAACAAUGAUACUAUACUGGAUGUUGUCGUCAUUAACAGUUGGCAGAACACUGUUAGCAUACUUUUAGGUAUUGGUGAUGGUUCUUUUCCAAAUCAGACUAUGUAUUCCACUGGUAAUGGACCACAGUCAGUAGUUGUUGGUGAUUUUAAUAAUGAUGCUAAACCAGAUUUAGUCGUUGCUAAUCGGGGUGACGCAAGUGUAAGUGUAUAUUUGGGGUAUGGUGAUGGUUCAUUUACAAAUCAAAUAAUGUAUUCGGUUGGUUCUGUACCAAACGCUAUAGUUGUUGGUAAUUUCAGCAAAGAUGCAUAUUUAGAUAUGGUUGUCGCUAAUCAAGGUGAUAACGAUGUCAGCUUACUUCUUGGAUUUGGUAAUGGUAGUUUUGCAAUUCAAACAAUAUAUUCAACUGGCUUAGCACCAAAUGCUAUAGCUGCUGGUGAUUUUAAUAAUGAUCAUCUACUGGAUAUUGUUACCGCUAAUCUAGAUGAUAACAGUGUUAGUGUAUUACUUCAUUUUGUUGGAGGAGAUCUGACAAGUGAAGCAACAUAUGCAUCUGGUGGUGGUUCAGAUUUAAAAUAUGUUAUUACUGGUGAUUUUAACAACGACACACAUCAAGAUCUCGUCAUUGCUAACUAUGGAACUAAUAAUAUUGGUGUUCUCCUUGGAAAUGGAACAGGUAUCUUUGCAAAUCAAAUUAAUUUUACAAUGGGUUCAAAUUCUCAUCCGACUUCAAUCGCUGCCGGUGACUUUAAUAAAGAUGGUCAAGCAGAUCUUGCAGUUGCGAAUUAUGGCACGAAAUAUAUUGGAAUGCUUCUUGGAAAUGGAACAGGAUGGUUUACAAGUCAAGUAGUUUAUGGUGAUAGUAUGAAUUUUGCUCCGUUAUUUAUAGCUGCUGGUGACUUUAAUGGUGAUGGACAAGCAGAAACUGUAGUUGCUUAUGAUGGUAGUGAUAAUGUGGAUAUAUUUAAUGUAUUUGAUACAGGAUUUUUCUCUCCUCAUAAAACUUACCCAGCUGAUCUUGGUCCAUGGUCUUUAGCCUAUGGUGAUUUUAAUAGUGACAGCCAACUGGAUAUCGUCGUUGUUAAUAGUCUUGCAAAUAGCAUUAGUAUACUUUUCGGAUACGGCAAUGGUUCUUUUGCAAUUGGACCAGAAUAUCCGACUGGUCCAGGUCCAUCAUCUGUAGUUGUUGAAGAUUUUAACAAUGAUACUCAACUCGAUAUUAUUGUUGCUAAUAUGAAUGAUAUUUUUUUAGUUGUAUAUCUUGGAUACGGUAAUGGGUCCUUUGUGCUUUUAUACACUCCUCUAACUGGGUCUGGUCCAGCAGCUAUAGUUGUUGGUGAUUUCAACAAUGACAAACAAUUGGAUAUCGUAGUUGCUAAUUUUUAUAACAAUACUGUAAGUGUACUUCUUGGGUAUGGUAAUGGUGGUUUUGCAGAUCAAGUAACAUAUGUAACUGGAUCAUCUCCAACUGCUAUAGCUGCCGGUGAUUUCAACAAUGAUGACCAACUAGAUAUCGUCGUCGCUAAUAAUGGUGAUGCAACUAUAAGUGUACUUUUCGGAUAUAGUGAUGGAUCUUUUGGAAAUCAAACAACUUAUCCAACGGGAACUUAUCCAUUUUUUGUAGGUAUUGGUGAUUUUAACAAUGAUACUCAACUAGAUAUUGUCGUUGCAAAUGAUGGUACCAACAAUGUAGGUUUACUUCUCGGAUAUGGCAAUGGUUCGUUCGCAAAUCAGACAACAUUUACAGUUGGCAAUUCACCACAGGCACUAGCUGUUGGUGAUGUGAAUAACGACAAUCUAUUAGAUAUUGUCGUCGCUAAUACAGGUGACAACACUGUUAGCGUACUUCUCGGAUAUGGUAAUGGUGCUUUUGCAAAAGCGACAGCAUAUCGAACUGGAUUUAUGCCAUACUUUGUAGCUCUUGCUGAUUUCAAUAAUGAUAAUCGACUGGAUAUCGUCGUUGCUAAUUAUCGAGACAGUCGUAUGGGUAUUCUUUUGGGAUAUGCGAACAUUGCUUUUGUUAAACAAAUGACACUUAUAACUGGUAAUGGUUCUCGACCAAAAUCGUUUGUUAUUGGAGAUUUUAACAAAGAUAAUCGACUUGAUAUUGCUGUUACAAAUUCUGGUACAAAUAAUAUGGGUAUAUUUCUAGGCUUUGGAAAUGGUUCUUUCGCACUUCAGACAACAUAUGCAACUGGUUCUACUCCAUCGUCCAUAUCUACUGGCGAUUUCAAUAAUGACACCAUACUAGAUAUUGUUGUGGCUAAUAGUGGCAGUGAUAGUGUUAGUGUACUUUAUGGAUAUUCCAAUGGUUCUUUUUCAAAUCAAACAACAUUUACAACUGGUUUUGAAUCUGAACCAUAUGCAAUAGCUGUUGGUCAUUUUAAUAAAGACAUCUUUUUAGAUAUCGUCGUCAUUAAUUAUGGUCUGAGCAAUGUAUAUGUAUUUCUUGGAUAUAAUAAUGGUACAUUCGUAGGUGUAUCCGCUUUUACACUCGGUUUUGGAUCGUCACCAACAUCUUUAGCUGUUGCUGAUUUGAAUAAUGAUAAAAUGUUGGAUUUUGCUGUUGUGAACGGUGGUACUGAUAACUUAAAAAUUCUUCUAGAAACUUGUUAA